AUGGCAGCUCCAACCCACAAAGCACACCAUCAAGAGCCCCUUGAAGUCUCACGGGCUGAGAGCACCAACGUUGGAGACAUUGAGAAUCUCGAAAAACCUGCGAUGGAGAACCUUGUGUACGACAACGUCGAUGAAGAGCCGGUCAUCCACCUACGAACUUGGAUCGCGCUCGCCUCCAUGUUCCUAAUGAAUUUUGUUCAGACAUUCGCGCUUCAAGGCCCACCCUCUGUCCUUUCGUACAUUGGCACAUCCCUCCACAACACGCAGGCCCAGACCUGGGUUCCCAACUCGCUCGCGCUCGUGCAAGCCGUCGUCUCUCCGCUCUUCUCCUCCACAUCCGAUGUGUUCCAGGCUCGCAAGUAUCUACUUGUUGGGACUUCAGUCAUUUCGAUGAUUGGCGCGGCCAUUGCACCCGGCUCGAAAAAUAUCUACCGGCUGAUUGUAGCCACCAUUCUCAUUGGCAUUGGCUUUUCCUCUGUAGGGUUGGCGUUUGCCGUCCCGAGUGAGAUCCUGCCUCGAAAAUGGAGGCCCAUGUCCCAGGCAGCAAUGAACAUUGCCGCUUCUCUAGGUGCAGUAGCUGGCCCAUUGGUUAUCGGUGCUUUCACUAAGGCGGAUGAGAUGAAUGGUUGGAAGAAUUUCUAUCAGUGGGUGCAAAUGGCCCUUUGGGGUUCGACCGCAAUCGGCAUCUUCUUCGGCUACCGACCCCCGAAGCGACACACUCGGCUAGACCACCUCUCCGUCUGGCAAAAGAUCACACAUCUGGAUCUACCUGGCUUUGGCCUGCUGACAGCUGGGCUCACCUUGUUCCUAGUCUCGCUGAACCUCGGAGGCGGACUAUUCGCAUGGACCAACGCCCGUGUGUUGUCCUUGAUGAUCAUUGGUCUGAUUACCCUCAUCUGCUUCGGCGUCUUUGAAUGGAAAGGAACAAAGACAGGUAUCCUGAAUCAUGAGCUCUUCCAGGGAGGAAAAGCAGCGAGGCGCACCUUUGCCCUCUGUAUCGUCCUCAUGCUGAUCGAAGGCAUACUGCUGUUUUCAUACGUCAUCUUUUACCCCGUCAUGACCACUGCGCUCUUUGAGAAAGAUCCGUUCCUUCUCACCGCUCGCGGGACACCGUUCUGGAUCGCCUCGGGUUUGUCAACAUCGGCGUGGGGCUACUGGAGCAUGCGGUUCGGCACUGUCCGAGCGCCGCUUUUCGCGGGGUUCCUCAUUUACACCGGCGGGCUUAUCGGCUUCGCCUGCAUCCAGCCUGGUGAUGAUCUGAGGGCCGUCAUCUUCUCCGGUCUUGCCGGACUUGGCUUCGGCGCCCCGCUUGUCCUCAUCAUAGCAGCAGUUCAACUCUCCACACCGCAUAACUUGAUUGCCACUGCCACGGCCGUGACAACCUCCGCCCGAGCGGUUGGCGCAACGGUCUUCACGGCCAUCUACGCCGCUGCGUUCAGCUCUGCCAUUGGCGAGAAGCUCCCUGCUAACAUAGCUAACGCCGCCGUCAAAGCUGGCCUAUCUUCCGAGUCCGUUCCCAAGUUCAUUGGCGCUCUGUUGUCGCAGAACACCACGUCCCUGGACGCGAUUCCCGGAGUGAACUCCACCAUCAUCGACGCGGCGAUGGUAGCGCAGGGCCAGGCAUAUGCGGACUCGCUGCAUGUCGUCUACUACAUCGCAAUUCCUUUCGGUGUCAUCGCGUGUAUCACCUGCUUCUUCCUCGGCGACCUGCGCGCGACCAUGAACUAUAGGGUCGAUGCCCCCGUGGAGAACUUGACGGCUAAGAGACAUGCCGCUGAGAAGUAG